GGAACUUGCGGAGGACGUUUCUGUGGAUACUGUAUUUUUCUAAUUUCCGAAAGUUUUCCUCAGUUUUUCGCGAGAUGAUCCCCCAAUUUUGUGAAUUUUAUUAUAAAUUAUGACCAAGUAAUACAUCGUAAAAUGUCCUGAUAACUUUUGUUUUCCUGAAUAGUGUCAAAUCAAUCAUUAAACCUCAAGUGAACAAAGGGCAAGGGCUGUCUGACAAUCGUCUGUCUGCCAAGACAUUCUGCGAAGUGUUCUUUCAUUCUGCUUGGCGAUGUGCGAUUGGUACACAAUUCAUUUAAAUGGAUGAGAACUAGAUCAAAGAUGGAGGAAAUUAAUAAGAAUGACAAAGAGGCUAACGAGAGUCCCAGUUCCAGCGAAGGAAGUGAGGCCACAGAUUCCAUUGAGGUGGACAAUUCACAGACUGUUUUAUUAAAAAUAGCAACUUUAUACGCUGAGCGUCUUAUGAACGAUAUCUGUCUCGUAGUUGACGGUAUCGAAUAUCCAGCGCACAGACUUAUUCUUUGCGCGUCAAGCGAUGUGUUCCAGGUGAUGCUGAUGAGUCCACAGUGGAGCGAGUCACAAGAGAGCCGCGUAACACUACAAGAAACACCUCAGUGCGUUCCAAUCUUCAGUGAAUUUCUCCGAUAUUUCUACACCGGACAGAUAAGAAUCAGCCACGGCGUUGUGCUACCGAUUCUCUCCCUAGCCGACAAGUACAACGUCAAAGACUUGAUUUCCCUCUGCCUGGACUACAUGGAAAAUCAUAUCGCCCUUGCCGCCAUCCACGGCACUCUCGUCUCCUGGCUUCAGUACACCCUGAACUGCGGCCACGAGGACAUCACCCAGGCCUUUCAGAAUUUCAUCAAGUGGAAUCUUGAACUUGUGGCAAAAACGACCGAUUUCGGCAAUUUCGAGCUCGAGGUUCUCGUCACUCUUCUGCAUCAGAGCAGCCUCGUCAUCAAGGACGAGAUGACACUCUACAAGUGUCUCGAGUCCUGGCUCGAUCAUCAGACAAACCGAUUGCGGACCCAACUGCCGGCCAAAGAGCUGGACACAACUCUGAAGCAGCUUGUCAUCGCCGUCAUGUCGGCAGUCCGCUUUCCCAUGAUGUCGCCCCGACAACUCGCCGAUCUCCUGCUCUCGCCGCUCACGCAAAAGUACAAGGAGUUCUUCGUCGAGAGGAUGGCGAUCGGCAUGUCCUUCCACUCGGGACAGCACGAGCGAGUCCGCGAAGUGAUGCGAACCGAGGAGGAGGGCGCGCUCCUAUUUGAGCCGCGGCUCUACACAGUCGACACUUGCAGCUCGCUUCUGACGAUUGAGAAUUUUCACAGUUUGAGGUCCUAUCACACCCGGACUCUCGUCUUCUCGAGCCACUCGUAUCUUGCCGAUUACGCGGGCGAUCAGACCUGCGAGUGGGUCGUGGACAUCUAUCCGAAGGGCGUCUGGUUCAAGAAGUUCUUCCUGAUUGUUUGGCAGGGCACGGUCGAGAUGCCGGAACAUGUCAUCAGAUCGGUGCGGCUCUCGUUGACGUGCAAGGAGCCGCCGGUGAACAGUGAGGCCGACAGGCGAGUCAAAAUUGGCGUUUUGAUUUAUGGACUUCAGGACGGUGUCGAGCAUAUCGCGCGAGUCAUGGAGACAAUUCAUCGAUUUAAUAAGAAUGAUCGGGUUCUGAAUUUGGAUGAUUUGCUGCCCUUUGAGGAGCUCAAUCCGCAGCGGAGUGCUGCUGGCACGAUGAAUAAUGCGGAGAGUGCUAUUUCCUCGUUUCUCGUUGGACCGAACAAGGAUAUGCUCAAAUUGCAUAUUGUCAUCUCGCCCGCGAAUCAGAACACCCACGACGAGAUUUGACAGUCGACGAUCAAGUUUUACCAGGUUUAUAGACUCUCGAGGAAAAGUUUCUUUAAGUAGUUUUCUUUUUUCUUUUUCUUUUUCUUUUUCUUUUCUUGUUUUUUGUUUUUUUU